AUGUGGGAAAAUGUUGUUGAUACCUUCGCCCGCAUCCCAGCAACGCCACGACCGUCCAUGAUCCGGAAUGCGUCUGCUCGGAAUGCGAGACGCUACGCCAGUCGUAUAUUCUCAGAUACAGAUAAGCGAUGGCAGCACUUCCCUGUAUUCAGUAGAAACUUGACGCCCAGGAAGUCUCGUCCAAAUGUUCCUCGAGUCCCCAAAUCUCCCCAGUACUUUGCGAAGUGCUUCCAUAGCACUGCCCUGGAUCGGUCUGAUGGCACUGUAUAUGCGCUCUCUACCGGAUCAGGGGGGGCGAUAGCGAUUGUGCGAAUAUCGGGGCCUGGCUGCGAUCAGAUUUACCACGCGCUCUGUCCGGCGAGACCUCUCCCUAGGCCUCGAAAUGUUGCAGUCAGGACCCUCUGUGAACCAGGAAAUCCUGCGAACGUCCUCGACGCCGACGCCGUUGUCCUGCGAUUUACCGCACCGAAGUCAUCUACGGGAGAAGACAUGCUGGAGCUACACAUCCACGGAGGAGCAGCGACUGUCAAGGCGGUCAUGUCUGCCAUUGCGCAGAUUGACUCUCGGACCAUACGCGCCGCAGGGCCCGGCGAGUUCACCAGAAGAUCUUUUGCAAAUGGAAAGCUGGAUCUGGCGCAGAUAGAGGCAUUGGGCGAUACGCUUGCGGCACAGACAGAACAGCAGCGGCGCGCUGCUUUGAGGGGGCGGUCAGGAGAGCUUAGUCGUGUUUAUCAAGAUUUGCAGGCGGAUCUCCAAUUGCAACGCGCACAGUUGGCGGCGGACGUAGACUUCGGCGAGAGCGAGGACCUAGAGGGACUGGAAGAAGUGUGGUCCGGUGUCGUUGAGGAGAUCCUGCUUAUUCAGGCUCGAAUCAUAGAACAUCAGUCAGCAGCCCGGUGUGGCGAGAUGAUUCGGAGAGGAGUUCAAGUAUCGUUGAUCGGCUUUCCUAAUGUUGGCAAAAGCUCGUUGUUCAACCGGAUCCUGGGAACACAAGCUUCGAUAGUGAAUCAACAGGCUGGGACGACGCGGGACAUUGUAGAGGCUACGGUGGAUAUCAAAGGAUAUUUGUGUACGAUUGCGGACACAGCUGGAGUCAGAUCAGAGGCUGAAGAUAUUGGAGAGAUUGAGGAGGAAGGAAUCAGGUCAGUCAUGUUCCCAGAACUUCAUGACAUUCAAAAGCAUGCUAACCUGCGUAGGCGGGCAAUUGCGAAAGCCGAAACGGCGGAUAUGAUAGUCUUCGUGUUAUCACCAGACCAAAUGUCCCAGGACCAUGCCGCACUUUGGUCAAUCGUUGCAGGAGGAGGAGCACAGAAGCCUGCAAUCGUCGUUCUCAAUAAGGCCGAAACCCUUGGUGAAUCUGACCUGGCAGAGUGCCUUCGAAUUCUGGAACGAUCAAAAGUCCGAUAUCUUCCCGAGCCGAAUGUCGUCCCGAUCCUCCCAAUAUCGGCACUCCAGACCCCGUCUGCCACCAAAGUUGCCACAAACCCCGGUAAUAUCGCAACAUUCCUCUCGACUCUCACAGACCAUCUCCAGAAAAUGACUUCGGUACCAAUCGAAAUGCAAGAUCUCAUAGGCGCCACGGAACGUCAGCGACAAUUACUUCAAAGGUGCCAUGAACACCUGGAUUCUUUCAUCACUUACGCUCGGCACGGAGGCGGAGAUGCGGCAAUUGCGAUUCACCACCUGGAUAACGCAGCGAAUUGUCUAACGCAGAUUACGGGCCGCGAUACCAUGGGCUGCGUAGGGGAUGUGGAGGAGAUAUUGGGGGUGGUAUUUGAGAGGUUUUGCGUCGGCAAAUGA